AGAGAGGCUGCAACUGAUGGCAUGUCGCUGAGGUCCUCCAUUCUAAACUACAAGUGGGAAAAUUCGCGACGCUACCAUGCCUACAAAGAUGGCUCUUACUGGGCCCCUAAUGAUGAACAACAACAGGACGCCGAAGACUUGAUGCACGAGCUAUACCGAGUCGUCCUCGACGGAAAACUAUGCGACGCUCCAAUUGGCGAUUAUCCCCAAGUAAGUUUCCCUCUCCCUCUGGGCCACCCGCCUGAAUUCGCAGACGAGCAUCCAUCUGCCGCCGUCCUCGGCAUUGACCUAUCCCCGAUUCAACCUAACUUUGUCCCACCCAACUGCCGGUUCAAGGUCGACGACGUCAACGACGACUGGACAUUCGGCGAGAACCACUUUGACUUUAUCCAUAUCCGAGCCCUGAUCGGCUGUGUCCCAGACUGGGUAGAGCUUCACAGAAAAAGCCUAAGGUCUCUCAGGCCCGGCGGUUGGGUAGAGCAGGUGGAAUUAUCAGCCAUCGCUCAGUCAGAGGAUAACACCAUCAGACCAGACUCUCCGUUGGUUACCUGGAAGGAAAUAUUCGAGGAGGUAGGGAAAUUGACAGGCAAGACCUUUAUGGCGUGUGAAACCGUCGGCGAUGCCAUCAGAGAAGCCGGCUACGUCAACGUCACCGAGCGACGGAUCAAGCUACCGAUAGGCAUGUGGCCUAAAGAUAAACAACUAAAGCAAUGGGGUGCGUGGAAUCGCCAAUACCUUCUCCAAGGGCUGGAGGGCUUUUCCAUCCGGGGGUUGACGGAAUUGCUGGGGUGGAGUGUUGAAAGAGUACAAGAGUUCUUGGAUGAGAUGCAGAGGGAACUUUUGGAUAGUCGCGUUCACUCAUAUCUUGAGCUGUGCGUCGUGUUUGGUCAAAAACCGGAAGAAUAAUUGGCACUGCUGGCCUUGGCUUGGUCCAGCAUGGUAAACCAGAAGAGGAACAUG